AUGUUAAGUGAAAAGGCGAUAUUUGUGUGGGUGGAAAGAAAGAAAAGCGGAGUGGGGGGGGAGGGGGGAGGAGGGAGAAGGAGGAAAGAGAUAAGAGAUAUCACAUAUGUAAACGACAUGAAAACAGCUAAUCAAAAAGACGAUUCGGUUCCUCAUCACCGUAUAUGUCUAUGGAUUAUGAUGCAAAUAAUGAGGAAAAAACAAAAUUUUUUUGUGAUGAACGAUCCGGCAGAUAUCACUAAUGGUACCAAAAUGUUCCUGAUGUUCUAUAUUGUACUAUCGAUAGCAUUAUUGGUUUUGGGAAUACCAGCAGCAUUUGUAUGGAUGGUAUUGCCAUUCAUAAUUACAUUACUAAGUGUUUAUGCAUUAUGUACGGAAAAACAUCGCUAUUUAUACCCAUUUCUUAUUCUAUCGGAAGGACAGAGUAAAAAAGGAAUAGCAGAAGAUGGUAUCCAUGUGGCAGUAUUUAUCCUGUUGGCAUUGAUGGUUAUUGCAUUUACGGCAGCCAACUAUCCGACGCUCAAACAUAUCAUCGGUAUCUGA